CUCAUGGCUCCGUAGGUUUCUGUUGUGGUUUUUUUUUAUUGGGACACAAUGAACAUUUUCGUCUGUUUUAAAUUAAUGAAUCUUUGAUUUGUUCCUGAUCUCAACUUUUAAAAUGUCAGAUCUCUUCAAGUCUGCAUUUGGCUAUUUUUCAAGCAAUCUUCCCAAGGAGGAACAUGAAUUUGUCGGCCAAAUUGUUGAACUUGAAAAACAAAAACUGAGAGUGAAACGAGUAAUUGCAGAAGGUGGAUUUGGGUAUGUUUUUGUUGCUCAAGAUAUCUCUACUGGAAAAGAAUAUGCUCUUAAAAGACUAUUAGCUGGGGAUAGUGAUGCCAGCAAAAGUAUACUUCGAGAAAUUAAAUUUCUUACAAAACUCUCUGGUCAUCCAAACAUUAUUCAGUUUUAUGCAGCAGCUUCAAUUGAAAAGGAACAUUCCGAACAUGGCAAAGCUGAAUACUUGUUGCUUACUGAACUUUGCACUGGUGGUCCCCUUAUGGAUGCUCUAAAUGCUCGUCAAAGUCCUCUUUCGUGUGCUCAGGUGAUUCAGAUCUUUUAUCAGUCUUGUUCUGCUGUACAACAUAUGCAUUCUCAAAGUCCGCCAAUUAUACAUCGAGAUUUAAAGAUAGAAAAUUUAUUACUUAGUUCAGAUGGUAAAAUAAAGCUAUGUGAUUUUGGAAGUGCUACUACUAAAGCUUGUCAUCCUGAUAACACUUGGACUGCAAUUCAGAGAAGUUUAGUUGAAGAUGAAAUGUGUAAAAAUACAACGCCUAUGUACAGACCGCCUGAAAUAUUAGAUACUUAUAAUAAUUAUCCCAUUAACCAAGCAAUGGAUGUAUGGGCUUUAGGUUGCAUUCUUUUUGUUCUUUGCUUCAAAGAGCACCCAUUUGAAGACUCAGCUAAACUUAGAAUUUUGAAUGCUAACUAUACCAUUCCAGCUCAUAUUACAGAUUAUGAAGUUCUGCAUGAUUUAAUAAGAGGAUCUCUGCAAAUAAAUCCUGUUGAUAGACCUUCUGUAACUGAUAUUUUGAAGCGAUUGAAAUUAAUAGCUGAUGAAAGACAGACUAAUGUUAAUGCACCACUAAAUUUGGGACAACCAGUUGGAAGCAACCCUCCUAGUCCAGCUCAUACACCUAAUAGACCACCUCCCAGCAGACCUCCGCCUCCAAAUGUGGAGACUACGACAUCAGGGGCUCCUCCUCCUCCUAGACCACCUCCACCUUCUGUAAAUUCUGAUCAGGGUUAUGCACAGGUGAACAAUAUGGCAGGUGGACCUGGGCUGUUUGGUUCUUUAAAAGGAGGUGCUGGUAGUUUUCUCAAAAAUCUCAAAGAACAAUCAUCUCGUGUGAUGCAGACUGUCUCUCAAUCCAUUGCCCGCCAAGAUUUGGACUUCAAUUACAUUACUGCUAGAGUUGCUGUAAUGUCAUAUCCUGCUGAAGGUUUAGAAUCUGCGUAUCGAAAUCAUGUGGACGAUGUUCGAGGCCUUUUAGAUGCCAGGCAUGGUGGACAUUAUGCUGUAUAUAAUGUUUCUGGACGUGCUUAUACUUCUGUCAAAUUUAAUGCUAAAAUCAGUGAAGCAGGCUGGCCACCAAAGAAAUCUCCUCCUUUAAAUACCUUAGUUUCAUUAUGUAGGAAUAUGUAUUUGUAUUUGAAGCAAGAUCCUAAAAAUGUCUGCAUAGUACAUUGUCUAGAUGGAAAAUCUUCAUCGGCAGUUCUUGUAAGUGCUUUUCUUAUUUUCUGCAAAUUAUUUAAGAAACCAGAAGAAGCAUUGCAACUGUUUGCUCUUCGUAGAUGUUGUGUUAACAUGGUUCCCUCUCAAUUUAGGUAUUUGCAAUAUGUAGCAGAUAUAGUUUCAGAUAGACCUACAUAUCCACAUUGCUGUCCUGUAGCUCUUCAUUAUAUAACAAUGAAACCAGUUCCUCUCUUUACUAAAUUGAGGGAUGGAUGUAGACCAUUUGUAGAAGUUUACAUAGGAGAAAAUAGAGUUUUUACUACAUCUCAAGAAUAUGAAAGAAUAAGACAUUUUAAUAUUACUGAUCCUGAAGUUAAUAUUCCAUUGAAAACAGUUGUUAUGGGUGAUGUAACAAUAGUUGUGUAUCAUGCAAGAUCUACUUUCGGUGGGAAAGUUCAAGGAAAGGUUACAGCAUAUAGAAUAUUUCAACUACAGCUGAAUACUGGAUUUAUAUCUCAGGAAGCCAAGUCCAUAACCUUCAGCAGGAAUGAAUUAGAUGGCAUUGAAGAAUUGGAUAGAUAUCCUGAUAAUUUCCGUGUCACAUUAGGAGUCAGCAUUGCUGAAAAGAAGACUUCUGAUGUUUUACCUGUUUGGAAUGAAAUCUCACAGAUGCAGCUUAAUCCUCGUCUUCUCUUUAAUACAGAUGAGGAAAUGGAUACUUGUUUAUCCCAUUUUAGCAAACCAUCUCAGGAACUACCAGAAACUGCAAAUUCUAAGGCUUUUACAUCAUCUCUUAAUUGGCAAGAAAAAGAAGCGUUUUUGGCACAGGACGAAUCAGAAAGUGAUAAUUCUGCAAGUCCCACUCCUACUCCAAGUACUGUGGAUGAUAUUGCACGCAAUCCGUCUCCUAUUCCAGAAAUGGAUCUCCUUAAUUUGAGUAACAGUUGUGCUCCUCCCACUACAAAUAAUGUCCUGAGUUCUCCUGCUGUCAAUCUUUUAGAUAUUGACAAUGAUGUGAACAGUAUUCCUAGCAAUUUUGAUCUUUUAAGCGACCCUCCAAGUGUUCCAUUAAUAGGUACUAACAACAAUAAUUUAAAUUAUAAUAAUGGUUUUGAUUCCUUUCCUGAUAAUGCUUCAACUCAGAAAACUUCAAAUAGUGCUGAUCCAUUUAGUGUUUUUGAGAAUAAUACCCAGUUUUCUAGCUCUGAACCAAAAAAUACCCCAUCUGAUUUAUUUGAUAUUUUUGGAUCAACAGCUGGAAGUGGAUUUGAUGCACCAAAGACGAGUUUUAGUGCACAUUCUACUCCUCAGCAUAAACCAGGUAUGUCUUCCAGUGCAUCUGCUUUUAAUAUGAGUGCAGCAGCCAAUCAAGAUUCAUCUUUAUUGGGAAGUUGGGACUCAGUCUACCAAGGUAGCAAUGCAUCCAAUAAUAUUCCUGCACCUGGAUCAAAUGCUGCAGGUGGCCAAUCAUUGUUAGGCCCAAGACUUGCUCCAGGAGGAAUACCUCGAAAUGCAUCAACUCCCAAUUUGGAAGCGCUUGCAAAAUCGGAUCCUUUUGCUGAAUUAGGUUCACUUGGUGGUAUAAAAUUUGGACAAGGACAGCCCCCUGACAAAACUCAACCCUCAAGUAAAGGCAAUCAGUUUUUGAAUUCCAGUCCACAGCAUAUUCCUAGACCUCAGUCUUAUGCUGGCACAGCUAAUUCAGCUUUUCAGGGAGCUAAUGCACCUCCUUCUUCGAGACCUGAUUACAGUCGCACCCACUUUUCUAGUGUUUUUGGUGAAAGGGAGGGCAAUAAAGCAGGCGGAGCUCCAAAGCCUAAAUUAGAUGAUGAUCAGUUUACUGACUUACUUGGAAACCAAGGAUUUACUAGUUUUGCCAAGAAGACUGAAGGUCCUAAAACAAUUGCUGAGAUGAGGAGAGAAGAAUUAGCUAAAGAAAUGGAUCCUGAGCGACUUAAGAUAAUGGAUUGGACUACACACAAAGAAAGAAACAUCCGAGCUCUCUUAUGCUCUUUGCACACUAUACUUUGGGAAGGAACUAGAUGGCAAGAAUGUGGUAUGCACCAAUUAGUUACUCCAAAUGAUGUUAAGAAAUGGUAUAAAAAAGCAUGCCUGGCAGUUCAUCCUGAUAAGCAAGUAGGAACUGAAAAUGAAAAUCUAGCUAAAUUAAUAUUUAUGGAAUUAAAUGAUGCUUGGAGUGAAUUUGAAAAGCAAAAUAAUCUAGCCUAGUCAUUUUUCUAUGGUUCAUCGAAAGACUAUCAUCACAGCACCAUAAGAUUUAUGGCAAAAAGAAAAUAAAACACUUGUCAAUGCAGAAUAUAUCUCCAUACUCAGAGAAUAUGUACUUUCUCACUAUUCUACAUGUCUAUGUAUGAUAUGUAUUUUGAUUCAUGUAUUAUAAAAUAUUAAAUAUAUAUAUAUAUAUAUAUAUAUAUUUAGAAUGAAUGUAUAUUAUGAAGAUUGGUUUCAUAGACACCUUGUGUGGCCUUAUUUUUGGUGCAUGGAAGAGAUAUGAGAAUAAUGAUAGAAUAUGUGAUCAAAUAAAUUUUCUUUAUAAGGAGCAUUGUUACAUAAAUUAGUUGAAAAAGUAUUUUCUUUUAAAUAUCUUCAGUUGAAAAUGUUUUCUUUGACAAAAAUGUUAUUGCUGUGCUGUAUUUUUGGUGUUUCUGAUAGAGCUAUAUUUUUAAAAUAUCUAGAAUCAAUAUCAUGUUGUUAUAUAAAACAUCAUUUUCAUGUGCUUUAUGCUGAAAAUUAAUUGUUGUCUAGGUUCAUAAAUUAGGCUUAAAUCAUAAAUUGUUGCCUAAAAUUAUUUUUAAAUUAUUUAUUCUUGUUCUAAUAAUUUCCUAUAUGUUUAUAUUGGUGUCUGUUUCCCAGGACUUAUAGCUUUUGAAUCUAGUACUUACUUGCCUCUAACUGAAAAAUAAUAGUAUAACAGUAGCAAAUCUGCCUGCUGUGUUUAUGAUAGAUAAGAAAGGUUAUUUGAUUUAUGUGUGAAUUUUCACUCUUCAUUUCAUUCAUGUUUUUUCUUGUUAUUCUUAUAUCUUAAGUUCAUGUUGGGAGUCAAAUAAUAUUUUAGCUGCCAUUUUAACUUCAUCUUUAUAUUAUUUGCAUUAAUUUGUUCAAUGGCUUGUUAUACUGCAAUUUUUAAAACGCUGUUUGUCAUGUUAGUAAAUUAAAAAAAAAAGAAAAGAAAAGAAAAAGCCCUUUUUAAUUUUUAAUAUUUUGCUGUCUUCCCAUUUAUUUACAUGGAGGACAUACUAGUUUAAAAAUAAUUUUACUUGUAAUUUUUUGGAGAUAUUAAUUUCUUAUCUUUAAAUGUUCAUUUGAAAAGUUGGAAGUCUGGGUUUAAAUGAUUUCUAAAAUUGUUUGGAAAUAUGUCUUUUUAGUGAGAGGUUAGGUUUUAUAUUAUUAUGAUGUAAAUAUAUAACUGAAAAUAAUAUUUAAAAUGCUGCAAUUGCGCAUUUACAAGUAGCUUGGUGUCACAACAAUAUAAAUCUCAUGUUUAUAUUUAAUAUCAGUUAUAUUAUUCUUUAAAUAUUGAACUCUGUUAUUUUGAUUAUAUUGUGAUGUUUUUGUGAUAUACUAGUUCUCAAAAGCAAUAAUUGUGCCAAAUGUGUGCAGUUUUAAAUGUUUUACACUUUGUUUGCGUUAAUUUUUGUCACGCUCUACCUAUUGCUUUCACAAAAAUCUUUAAAAAAAAAAUCUCGCAUUAAUUUUGUUUAUAUUAUAUGAAAAGAUUUAUAUUAAAAGAUUUUAUUUUCAUGUAAAUAGUGUUAGUACAAAAUGUACUUAAAAUUGUGAUGCAUUUAUUAAAGCUUUUUUUUUUAUUUUAUAUAUUCAUUUAUUUAUGUAGAAAGAAUAAAUAAGUUCUUUCAAAAUAGAUUUUUUUUUGCACCAAAUGUAUUAAUAAUCACCAUUUUUGAAAUGCAUUGCACAUUUUCUAUUCCCAUUUUUAUGCAAAUUUUAUGAUAUGAUAUAAUUAAGUGA